ACAACUACUACAAUGGCAACUCAGACUGGAAUAGUCCUAAACCUAUGGAUCACAUUGUUAAGCUUCAUCCACCACCAGGUGUUAUGGGGACACCAGUAGGUGGUGCUGGCGGAUGGGGGGCACCACCACCUCCGGGAAAUGCUAGUAGCGAAUUUAGCUCCGGGCAACAUCAGACGCCUUUACAAUCUCCAUCACCUAACAUGGGCAUUGGUGGCUUUUCCCAGAACCAGUUCACUUACGAUGAACUCGCAGCAGCAACAGGGGGAUUUUCUCAAGCCAAUUUGUUAGGACAAGGUGGAUUCGGGUAUGUACACAAAGGUAUAUUACAGAAUGGAACGGAAGUCGCGGUUAAGAGUCUCAAGGCAGGCAGUGGACAAGGAGAACGAGAAUUCCAGGCCGAGGUUGAAAUAAUUAGCCGUGUCCAUCAUCGCCACCUCGUGUCCCUUGUUGGAUAUUGCAUUGCUGAUGGACAGAGAAUGUUGGUGUAUGAAUUUGUUCCCAAUUCGACCUUGGAGUUCCACCUUUACGGGAAUGGUCAGCCAGUGAUGGAUUGGGCGACUAGGCUUCGUAUAGCAGUAGGAUCAGCCAAGGGACUUGCUUAUCUGCAUGAAGAUUGCCACCCUCGGAUUAUACACCGUGACAUCAAGGCAGCGAAUAUCCUUCUUGACAACAAUUUUGAGGCCAUGGUGGCAGAUUUUGGAUUAGCUAAGCUCUCUUCGGAUAAUUUUACUCAUGUUUCUACGCGUGUCAUGGGAACUUUUGGGUACCUAGCUCCUGAGUACGCAUCAAGUGGCAAACUAAGUGAGAAGUCUGAUGUUUUCUCAUUCGGGGUGAUGCUCUUAGAGCUCAUAACUGGGCGUCGACCUGUCGAUCUUACUAAUAGAAUAAUGGAAGACAGUUUAGUAGACUGGGCUAGGCCACUUCUGGUUCAAGCUUUGGAAGAUGGAAACUACGAUGAGCUCGUAGACCCACGCCUUGAAGGUAACUUCGUUCCCCAGGAGAUGGCUCGAGUGGUAGCAUGUGCAGCUGCUAGCAUACGCCAUUCAGCCAGAAGGCGACCACGGAUGAGCCAGAUUGUACGUGCUUUGGAGGGAAACUCAUCCCUCGAGGAUUUAAGCGAAGGCGUGAAGUCCACGGGCCAAAGUGCAGCCCAUAAAAGUAGUGGAACCAUGAGUGAUAUGUACGACACUCGUGCAUACAAUGCAGACAUGAUGAAGUUCAGGAAGAUGGUGAUUUCAAAUCCGGAUAAUGCUAGCAGCGAAUAUGGAGCAACAAGUGAGUAUGGACUCAAUCCAUCCUCAUCAAGCAGCGACUCGAGAGAGCUCUACGAAACAGGUCCCCACAAGCAAAAAUCAUACAGGAAUACAUGAUGCUUCCAAGCUCUAAGUGCAUGUUUUGUACUGAAUUUUAUAUUUUAGCAAUACAAGACACUAUCAAGCUUUAAGUGCAUGUUUGACACAUAAUAUCAGAUCGUACUGGACAGUACGAUUUACAGACAAAAACUGGAUGUAAAUUGAUAUCGUUUUUAAACUAAUAUUCAUUUAUUGUUGGUUUCAUGCUCAAUAUGCAUAUACAGGCAUAAACACGAAGUUGGAUUUGCCUUUGUUUUAUUGGUGUAAUAUAGUUCAAGAUGCUAUGUGAAGUUUAAAGACUAUAAUUCAUAUCAUUUUA